UUGUGUCACCUUUAUUUACUUAUUUGAAGAAAUGCUGUUGCGACAGCUUUGCGCAUCAUUCUAAGCAGACUAUAAAACAGGCUAAUUUUUGAACAAAAUAUCACUUUCAUUUGGUUUCUGUAGCGAUUAAGAGAUAAACUAUGUAGUUAAAAUGAAAAUUUAUUUUUUGGGUGGUGUUUUGGUGGCAUCUGUGAACGCUGAUGUUAGCAACAUAAGCAAUGAAUACCUUCCACCAACUUCUGCUGCUGCUGCUUCCGCUCCAGUACAGACUUAUAGUGCUCCAGUGUCGGCUCCUUCUUCCACCGCUUCAGAACAAAGCUUUGAUGUUGCUGCUCCCAGUGUCUUAGCAGAACCUGAAUAUUUGCCUCCAGCAGCUUCUUCACCUUCCGUUGAAUACUUGCCUCCAUCUUAUCAAUCGGAAACGUAUGCGCCAGCUGCAUCUCAUCAGUCUGGGUCAGACGCUGAACCUUCUUAUGCAGAAUCUGCUCCCGGCCAUACCUUUUCUUCUAAUGAUGGUUAUCGUUCCAAACCUGCUCGUCCUCGCGCAUACCGUCGUCGCGCAUACCGUCAUCGCCUAUUUUAAAUCGGAAACAAAUGAAAAUCAUUGGCGAAUAUAAAAAUAACGAAUAAUAAUUAUAACAAUGGAAAA